AUGAAUUUAAUAAAUGAAAAACAACAACUACAUUUAAAUCAAUCAAAAUCUUUUUAUAAAAAAUAUUAUAUACUUACAAUACUAUCAUCAAUACUACUAUCAUUAUUAACAAUUCCAUUUAUAUAUAAAUUAUAUUUUAAUGAAUCAAUACAAAAUUCAAUUCUUUUACCUAAUUAUUUAAAUUCACAAACAUCUCCAAUUUUAAUAGAAUCCAUUGAAUUAACUUCAAAACAAAAAGAUGAAUUAACAAAAUUAGGUUUAAGUCAUAAAAAUCCUAUAAAAUUAAUAAGUAAUGAAAAAGGUGAACAAAUUAUUCAUGGAAGGUUUUUACAUAUAACUGAUAUUCAUCCUGAUCCUUAUUUUAAAGAAGGUUCAUCAUUUGAAAAUGUAUGUCAUUCAUCAAAGGGUUCAGCUUCUAAAUAUGGGGAUGCAAUAAGUGGUUGUGAUACUCCAAUGAUUUUAAUGAAUGAUACAAUAAAAUGGAUUAAUACUAAUUUAAAAGAUAAAAUUGAUUUUAUUGUAUGGACUGGUGAUAAUAUCCGUCAUGAUAAUGAUAGGAAUUUCCCAAGAACUGAACAAAAUAUAUUUGAAAUGAAUGAACAUGUUAGUAAAUUGAUGUAUGAAACUUUCAAAAAACCAGAUACUCCAGAAUUACAAGUUGAUUUAAUACCAAGUUUAGGGAAUAAUGAUGUUUAUCCUCAUAAUUUAUUUUCAAUUGGUCCAACAUUACAAACAAGAGAAUUAUUUCAAAUUUGGCAAAAAUUUAUACCACAACUGCAAUUACAUAUAUUUAAUAGAGGUGCUUAUUUUUUUAAAGAAGUUAUACCUGGUAAAUUAGCAAUAUUAUCAAUAAAUACUUUAUAUUUAUUCCAAUCAAAUCCUUUAGUUGAUAAUUGUGAUAAAAAAAAACAACCAGGUUAUAAAUUAUUUGAAUGGUUAGGUUAUGUAUUAAAAGAAAUGAGAGCUCGUAAUAUGAAAGUUUGGUUAACGGGGCAUGUACCACCAAAUGAAAAAAAUUUUGAACCAACUUGUUUAAGAAAAUAUGUUGUUUGGAUUUAUGAAUUUAGAGAUAUUAUAGUUGGUGGAUUAUAUGGUCAUAUGAAUUUAGAUCAUUUCAUACCUUUAGAUAGUGUUGCUGCUUAUAAAUCUAUUAAGAAAUCAAAUUUUAUUAACGUUUUUGAAGAUGAUCACUUAAGUGACGAUGAUGAUGAAGAAGAAGAAGAAGAAAAUAGAGCAUUGGGAGAUACUUCAUUUUAUCAUGCAUUGGAUACAAAAUUUGAUGAUUCAUUUUUUAGAAUACAAGGUGGAGUACCAGAAAAUAAAGUUGAAUAUAUGGAUACAAUGAGAGAAGAAGUUUAUGCUAAAAUCAAAGGUUCAAGAAAAUCAGGUAAAUAUGGAGAAAGAUAUUCUAUAUCCUAUGUUGGAAGUUCAAUUGUCCCUACUUUUAAUCCAGGUAUUAGAGUAUGGGAAUAUAAUAUUACAAAUUUAGGUAAAGAAAUUACAAAAACAAAUUUUGAACCAUGGGAUAAAUUUUUUACAUCAAUUGAAAAAUUAAUUGAAAAACAAGAUCAAUAUACUGAUGACAAUGAUUCAGAUAAUAGUGUUUGGUCAUUUAUUAAAAAGAGAGAUAAAACAUUCCCAAAACCAAUGCCCAAAAAUGCAAAACUUGGACCAGCAUAUAUUCCACAAACAUUUACACCAGAAAGAUAUGUUCAAUAUUACGCAGAUUUGAAAUCAAUCAAUAAGGGAUCAAAACCAUUUGGAUAUGAAAUUGAAUAUGUUACAGAUGAUAAGACAUACGGUCUUGAUGUAUUAACGGUGGAUAAAAUUUUACAAUUUGCUAGAAAAUUAGGUAAACCAGUUAAAAACAGAUCUAUUGAUUCACAAAAGAAAAAACAUAAAAAGAAUAAGGGAAAAAAAGGUAAAAAUGGUGAUAAAGAUGGUGGUAAUGGAGAUUCAAAAUUAGAAAAACUUUGGAAAACUUAUUUAAAAAACAUUUUUGUUAGUUCUGGAUAUGAAAAUACUGGACUUGGUUGA